ACCAAAUCUGAUUCGCCUCCGAUCUUCCAACACACCAAGGUCACCGAUGCGACUCUUCCCCCUGUUAGUGCCGCUGGCUUGUGCCAUCAGUCUCCCUACGACGGAUGCAUCCAUCCCGCGUGCUUGCUCCUCUUCGGCGCACCAGCAAUUCGCAUUUUGCAAUGCUUCGCUGUCGACUUCCGAGCGCGUCGAGGACCUUUUACGUCGUCUACCGCUGGACGAGAAGGUGACGCUGUUGACCGCCCGUGCCAGCCCCAAAGGCAACAUGAGCAGCAUCGGUCUGCCCGAGUACAACUGGGGCGCUAACUGUGUGCACGGCGUGCAGUCGACGUGCGGCACCAACUGCGCCACGUCGUUCCCGAAUCCUGUGAACCUUGGGGCCAUUUUCGACCCACAAGCGGUGUUCGAUAUGGCCCAAGUCGUGGGCUGGGAGCUCCGUGCUUUGUGGCUUGAAGGGGCUAGAGAGAACUAUGCCACAGGUCCUCACUUGGGACUAGACUGUUGGUCUCCCAAUAUUAAUAUUAACCGAGACCCCCGAUGGGGAAGGAACAUGGAGACUCCCUCUGAAGAUCCACUGGUCAACAGCAAGUACGGCGUCGCGUAUACUAAAGGACUACAGGAAGGAAAGGACAAAAGGUUCUUACAGGCGGUCGUAACACUGAAACACUAUGCCGCGUACUCGUACGAACACUAUGACGGGAUUGAUCGAAUGGCGUUUAACGCGGUUGUGUCGAGAUAUGACUUCGCUGAUACGUAUCUGCCGGCUUUUAAGGCGUCGGUCGUGCACGGUAAGGCCAAGGGAGUCAUGUGCUCGUACAACUCUGUAAACGGCAUGCCCAUGUGUGCGAACGAGCAGCUUAACUCCAAGUUGCUGCGUGGCGUGUUGGGUUUCGAUGGAUACAUUACCAGCGAUUCGGGAGCGAUUGCUGGUAUUUACCAUCAGAGACAUUACACCAAGACAUUGUGUGAGGCAGGGCGACUUGCCAUCUUGUCAGGAACAGAUAUCAACAGUGGAAGUGUCUACAAGCAGUGUCUGGAAGAGCUUGUGACUAGUGGACAACUGCCGGUGAAGGCGGUGGACGAUGCCAUGCGAAGAACGCUCAAGCUGCGCUUCGAGUUGGGCUUGUUUGACCCAAUCGACGAUCAACCGUACUGGCACGUGGCUCCCAAUGAGGUGAACACGGCGGAAUCGAGGCAACUGAGUCUGGAUCUCACGCGAAAGUCGAUAGUUUUACUGCAAAAUCAUGGCAAUAUUUUGCCAUUAGCCAAGGGCAAGAAGUUAGCGGUGAUUGGACCACAUGCGAAGGCCAAACGCGCUCUACUGGGCAAUUAUCUAGGGCAGAUGUGUCACGGCGACUACCUAGAAGUUGGAUGUGUGCAGACGCCUUUGGAGGCGAUCACUAUCGCGAAUGGAGCGUCGAACACCGUGUACGCUCAAGGCUCCGGUAUUAACGACACGUCUACUGCAGGCUUUGACGAGGCUGAAGCGGCAGCGAGAAAAGCAGACUCCGUCGUGUUGUUUUUGGGGAUUGAUACGUCAAUCGAGCGUGAAGCGUGGGAUCGAGAGAAUAUCGACAUGCCUAAUAUCCAGAUGCAACUCCUUAAGCGUGUUCGCCGUGCAGGCAAACCGACCGUUGUGGUCCUCUUUAACGGCGGCGUGGUGGGCGCUGAGGAGCUUAUCUUGCACACGGAUGGUGUCGUGGAAGCGUUCUACCCCGGAUUCUUCGGUGCUCAAGCUGUGAGUGACAUUAUCUUCGGUGAUGCAAUCCCAAGUGGCAAGCUUCCCGUUACAAUGUACCCAUCUAAUUAUAUCAAGAGCGUGGACAUGAAGAGCAUGAGUAUGACCAAGUAUCCUGGUCGUUCAUACCGCUACUACAAGGAGGUACCGGUGUUCCCGUUCGGUUGGGGGCUCAGUUACACGAAAUUCACCUUGGCACUUGACAGCGCGAGCGGUGUGACGGAUCCGAGCGAACCCAUUGUAGUAACGCGUAAUUUGGACCAAACUGUCACGGUUAUCCUCUCGAACGACGGCGAUAUUGUCGGAGACGAAGUGGUGUUCGCGUUCUUCCGACCUCUGAAGGUCAAUGCGACUGGCAAUGCAGCGUUGCUGAACGAGCAAUUAUUCGACUACCGUCGUGUGAGUCUACGCCCCACCCAGUACCGCAAGCUAAACUUCCGCAUCCGACAGAGCACUCUGGCUUUGGUUGACGACAAUGGCAACCAGGCAAGCUUCCCUGGUUUCUAUGAGGUUAUCAUCACCAACGGCGUGCACGAGCGUGUAACUUUUGCUAUCCACUUGGUCGGGGAGUACGAGACGCUGAGUGUAUUCCCGACGGAUGUCGGCUACGUCCCCCCGUCGGCUCGAUCGGAGGAUGCACUCAACAGCGACUUCCAUCUGGACGCCACCCGCGCUUUUGAGAAUGUCCCAGUUCGUCCAACCGAAGACAAGAAACCUGAAGCAGUCGCAGUUGCCAUGGCUUUUGACUAGCCCUUGUUUGCUGCCCGCGAUAAGAGAAAAAAGCACUGAUAGCAGUGUGAAUCGUGUUCGCGUACAUGUAGAGCUGGGAGGCAGAGUCACAAUGAAAUCCACCACUUGUCCCUCAGCAACAAAACAAAUUUUCUUUAUAUCUAAAAAAUGGCAAGUGAAAUUCGUUCUGCUAUCGGACUUCCACCAACGACCCCGCGCCCAGAUACAUGUAUCGCACAAU